CUGUCCUGAGGCGAUAGUGGCUGAGGGGAGGCCCUGUCCUGAGGUGACGAUGGCUGAGGGGAGGCUCUGUCCUCAGACGACAGCGGCCAUGGGGAGGCCCCAGCCUCCCUCCUGAGGUGACAGUGGCCGAGGGGGAGGCUCUGCUCCCGGUGCCCGGCCCAGCCGGGUGCCCCCAUCCUGGUCCCACGUCACCCAGCGCCCAGCCUGGCCCUUCACUCCUGCACUGGCCCCCGGGCCCUGCUGGGACCGGGGUGUCCCUGACCCUGCCCCUGUGCUCCCCUCGGUGACGGCCCUUCCGCUCACCCAGGGGGGUGUCGGGGCACUGUCGGCGCAGACCCACCAUCCCCCGAGCUGUGCCCUGUCCUUUGCGGUUGGGCCGGGAGCUCCCAGUACGGCCAGUUUAUCCAGUAUAAAUCCCCCCUGAGGUCUGGGACUGGCUUCAGUCACCACGGGGACACCGGGAGCUGGAGCUGCUUUUCAGCGUCCCCGGCCUCUCCUCACACCCACCGCUCGCCUCUGGCGGUGACAAUAAACGUCCCUUUGCCUCUGCCCGCUGUCUGCGUCUCUGGGACGCCGGCUCGAAGGCUCGGCCGCAUGUGGCUCUUCACGCCGUGCCUGGGUUUGCCCCAAAAAGGGGGGUUUUGGUGGUGGUGGGGAGGCAGGGGCGAGCGGAGGGCUCUGCCGUGGGGUCGAGGGGAGCCAGGCAGCCCCCUCCCAGCCCGCCUGGUGUGAGAGGGAGAGGGACAGGGGAAGGGGGAAAUGGGGUUGGCAGGGGAGAAAUGUUCAUGGACUGUGUCAGGAACGGCGUGGCCAGGACCGGGGCAGUGAGCGUCCCCCCGUACGCGGCACCGGUGAGGCCCCACCUCGAACGGUGUGUUCAUUUUGGGGCCCCUCGCUCCAAGGAGGACCUCGAGGGGCUGGAGCGUGUCCAGAGAAGGGCAACGGAGCUGGUCUCCCGGAGGAUGGAGCCGGCGUCGGUGAGGACCAAAGUCCCCUCCUUCCUGUCGGACCUGGGGAAGGCCACGCUGCGGGGCAUCCGGAAAUGUCCCCGCUGCGGCACUUACAACGGCACCCGAGGCCUCAUCUGCAAGAACAAGACGUGCGGCACCGUCUUCCGCUACGGCGCCCGCAAGCAGCCCGGCGUCGACGCCGUCAAGAUCGUCACCGGCUCGGACUUACAGGUUUAUUCGGUGCGGCAGAGGGACCGGGGACCGGAUUCCCGGUGCUUUGUGGAGCUGGGGGUCUCGGAGACGGCCAUCCAGACGGUGGACGGCACCAUCAUCACGCAGCUCAGCUCCGGCCGCUGCUACCUGCCGGCCUGUCUGAAAGCGGCCACGCAAGGGGUGGUGGAAAACCAGUGCCAGCACGUCAAACUGGCCCUGAACUGCCAGACGGAGGCCACCCCGCUGGCCUUGAAAAGCUCGGUGCUCAACUCCAUGCAGGCUUCCCCCGAAACCAAACAAACCAUCUGGCAGCUGGCCACCGAGCCCACGGGGCCGCUGGUGCAGCGCGUCACCAAGACCAUCCUGGUGGUGAAGUGCAAGGCCAGCCAGAAGCACAGCCUCGGCUACCUGCACGCCUCCUUCGCCCACAAGGUGAACGCCAAGACGCUGACGGACCACAGGUUCUCCUGCUCCUGCCAGGCUCCGAAGCCCGGCAAGGGCGGCCCGGCCGAGGAGGAGGCGCCGUCGCCGCGCUGCAUUCACUUCUUGGCCUGCCUCUGCGCCUUCGCCAGCGACGAGAGCCUGGCGCAGGAGUUCGCCGAGUUCCUCGCCUGCGACGCCGGCGGGCUGAAAGGGCUGACGGUCCCGCAGCUGGUGGGCAGCCCCGAGUCCCCGGGGCAGGCCGGGGAGGCGGCUGCUGCCAAGGCCAAGAAGAGGAAAAAGGACGUCGCGCCGGGGGCGCGGGCGGCCAGCCCCCUCCUGGCGCAGGAUGCGGCUCACGGCAACGCCCGGAGAAGCAGCCUGAAGAAGCCGGCCGUCGCCUCCUCGCUGAAGAGACAAGGCUGUAACCAGCUGCUGGACGAGGCGCAGGUGACCCUCUCCUUCCAGGACUGGCUGGCCAGCGUCACCGAACGCAUCCACCAAACCAUGCAUUACCAGUUUGAGGGGAAGCCGGAGCCGCUGGUGUUCCACAUCCCUCAGGCUUUCUUCGACGCGCUGCAGCAGCGGAUCUCCAGCGGGAGCGCAAAGAAGAGGCUGCCCAACUCCACCACGGCUUUUGUCCGCAAGGACGCCCUCCCCCUGGGCACCUUCUCCAAGUACACGUGGCACAUCACCAACGUCCUGCAGGUCAAGCAGAUCUUUGACACGCCCGAGCUGCCGCUGGAGAUCACGCGCAGCUUCGUGCAGAACCGGGACGGCUCCUACGAGCUCUUCAGGUGUCCCAAGGUGGAGGUGGAGAGCAUCGCCGAGGCCUACGGCCCCCUGGAGAAGCAGCCGGCCAUCCGGCCCCUGGAGCUCAAGACCUUCCUCAAAGUGGGAAACACCUCCCCGACGCAGAAGGAGCCCACCCCCUUCAUCAUCGAGUGGAUCCCCGACAUCCUGCCCCGCGCCCGCAUCGGGGAACUGCGCCUCAAAUUCCAGUACGGCCACCACAGCGCCCGCCAGCCCCCCGGCCCGCCCCGGCCCCCCCCCGCCGCGCCCCCCCCCGCCCAGCCCCCCCUCCGCCUCGCCCCGCUGCCCGCCCUCCCCUUCCCCUGACACCCCCCCACACACACACACUGGUUUUAGAGGCGGGGGGGGGGCCCGCACUGCGCCCCACGCACCUGCACGGACAAUGGCGCCGCUGCUGCUCCGCCACAAACACCUGGAAAACAAUUAAAACAAUAUUAAUAAUCCCCCCCC